AUGUCAGAAAACACAAUUAGUAGCUUUGUUGUGUUAUUCACUGCUCAAAAGACAAAAAAGUUCAAGACAUGGCAAGAUGGAACAAUGAAAUACCACAGCUUCAACAAGAGGCUGACACUCACAGAUGAAAAAGGUUACAACAUUGACAGAAAGUUCCACAAGGGAGGCGUACCCAGUGUUGGCGAUGAGAUCGACUUUGAUAGCCAUAUCGUAACAAUUGAGUCACUCGAAGCAAUUGAGGUGGCCAACAAUACACAUCAACAAACCAUCCCAGUGCAUAGGGCGCCCCAUGUUAUGCCAGCGAGACACCUUCCUGAUCCACCGCCUCAAGAACGUACACCUUCACCAUCCGCAUCAGCCGCUGUAUCAGCCACGGUCAUUCCCUCUCGAUACAACCCACAGCCUAUGCGAGUCUCCCAGUACAAACCUCCAUCCACCAUCCCUCGAAAGAGAAUGAUUAAACCAGAUCCAGAAGAGAUGGGGGAAGAUGAUCAUAGCAUGGAGAUGUCUGAGUCAGAGCCAUCUACUAGAUCAAUGCAGCCAUCAGUACAACCAGCAGCGAUCUACGUGGAGCCGUCGACUCAGCAGGAACUGGAAUUAACUACACUUAUUGAGCCUGAGCCAGUUCAGCCAUUACUGCCGACUCCUGUGGCUCAACCACCUUCAAUACAGCAAGAACGACAGGCUUCCACAUUGAAUAUACCCCCUUUUGUUCCUCCUGUACAAAAUGAAGCGCCACAACCGGUAGAGCAACCCACAGCAACUGCAUCAUCCUCUAGUUCACCGCCUGCUAAAAAGAGGGUUCGAGUGGGGUUAUCUAAAAAGACAUCUACGCCCCUUCAUCAAGUGAGCCUACCUGCGCCUGGCACAUCGUCCUAUACCCCACUUACCAACGCCCAUAGACCUACAGCCACGCCGACACCGUCAUCAUCGUCAUUUACAAAAGCAUCCAACAUUGAGACUAUUAAUACUAUGAAUGCUGAGGCAACGAGCAGUAAUGCAACCUCAGCAUCGUUCAGCUUCACACCUCCCCAGCAGGGAGACAGCAGCAGUAGCCAUGGAGAGCUCAGCACCACAAAGCCUUUCAAGAGCCCAUUUACCGAGGGAAACUAUACCUCUCUCGUUUUACAGUUUCCCAACAGCAAAAAAGCUCUGUCGAUUAUCAAGUCCAAAAACUAUCCCAAGCGCUCCAAAGUAGUACCUGUCAAGUUCAACAACCCAACCUUGUACAAAGAGACGUUUCGAAAGAUUAUUCACGAGCAUCUGGAUGUUUUACUGCUCAAUUUUGGCAUGUUCUUUUACGCCAUGUAUGAAAGAUUUGGCAAAAACAAACAAUGCGCAGACCUGGAGCGUGUGCUUCGGUCCAAAGGCAUUGGCAUCUAUGUGGAGUGUGAGUUGAAGGGAGACUUACGGUACAGCGAUAAACGGUUUCGGCUGAUGAUCAAGAGUGGCAGUCGAGAGCAUUACACAAAGUACAACAAGGACGAUUUAUGGGCCAUUUCUAAAGUCUCUACCUUUGAGUCCAGCCAGACGUUUCUUGCCAGAAGCACGUAUUUCGGCCCCUUUUCUGAUGGGGCCUUGGAGGUGGAGUGCAUGUCUUCCCGUGAUGUGCGUGUGGCCACCAAAGUCUUGCAGGAGAGUCAACAUGCGGUGUAUGCGAUUCGAACAAUAUCAGCAAGUCAAGAGUGUAUGAUGCUGGAUACCUUGGACGACAAGUUGGAGCAGCUGCCUUUGCUUCCGUAUCUAUUGGCACAGGGCGACAGUAAAAAGAGCAAAAAGAAAAUGGUGGCACCAUUGCCCACAUUGGACUGUAUUCAGUUGACGCGUCAAGACACUAUCGAUGUAGAGGCAAAACUGGUGGAAUACAUUGAAUUGUAUCGAUUGAAUCCAGACCAGGAGAGUGUCCUGCGUCAAGUAGCGAGGUCUGUGAUUAAAUGCCCUGGAUGGAAUGACACUCCAGAGAACCCAGUGGUACUGGUUCACGGUGUAUACGGAUCAGGCAAAAGUUUCCUCGCAGCUGUGGUUAUCAUGUUUAUACAAGACAUUAUCGAUACCGCAAAUGCGCGCAGAGAGCCUGAUGAUGCGAUUCAGUUCAAGAUACUGGUAACUUCCAUGACUAAUGUUGCUGUGGAUCGCAUCUUGCAAACUUUAUUGAAGCUUGGAUUUGACCAGUUUAUUCGUAUCGGAAGCAUGAAGAAGAUUGCCAAGCAUCUGCUGCCAUAUACGUCUAAAGCCAGAGUGUCUAGUAACGAAGAGCUGAAAGAGCUGGAGCAGAUGCUGGACGAUCCACUCAACUCUGAAGAAGACACCGACAACAUUUCCACCGCCAUCCAACGGUUCCGUAAAGCCGAAAGUGUGAAUCAGCUGCAAACCGUCAAUGUGAUUGGCACCACCUUUAUGUCCUCCGCAUUUGAUGUCUUUGCUGGCAUGAAGUUUCCUCUUGUGUUGGUAGAUGAAGCAUCUCAAUUGAUGGAGCCUUUGACUUUGGUGCCUUUAGCAAGAUUUUCUUGUCAUCGACUGAUUCUGAUUGGAGAUCCUUUGCAGUUACCACCAACACUCGCCACACAUGCCCAAGAUGGAAAAGUAGGAAAAGGGCUUGACAAGACCUUGUUCAACCGUCUGAUUGAAUUAGGAUAUGAGUCUGUCAUGUUGCGAACGCAAUACAGAUGUCACCCUCGCAUUUCUGGAAUCAGCAACAGCUUGUUUUACGAGAGGAGAUUGAUCAAUGGAGUUACAGAUCAAGAUAGAAAGCCGCUGAUUGAGGGGCUUCCGACUUUGCUGUUUGUGGAUGUGGGAGGCAUGGAACAAAAAUCACUGAGAAGCAACUCCUAUUGGAACGAUACCGAGAUUGCCAUUGCUUCACAUAUAUUACAAACCAUGAUUUCAUUUGACAUUUCAUCCAAAGACCUCGGUGUUAUUUCCUUGUAUAAAGAGCAAGCGGAUAAACUCUCUCAACAUCUUGGUAUGAAUACAGCCUCAGAUACAGCCACUGCCAUGAAGAGCAUCCAAAUAUCCACAGUAGAUGCAUUUCAGGGAGGAGAAAAGGAUGUCAUUAUACUGUCCACAGUGCGGUCCAGUGAGAGUCAGUUUAUGGACAAUCAACCUCGUGUGAAUGUCGCCUUGACGCGUGCCAAACGCCAUUUGAUCAUCUUGGGCAAUCGAAAUGUGUUUAGGAUGAAUGAGCUGUGGUCUAAAGUGCUAUGGGAUUGUCAAGAACACUGUGUAAACGAGAAUGGGUUAAGGUCUUUAUUAGCAAAUAUCGAUAAUAAAAUGAACUCAUAA